ACGUCGCGGCGGCGGCGGUGGCGCCUAACCCUAGCUAAACCCUACCCAUCCCCCUUGCGCAGCUGCGCCUCCGCCUCCGGAACCACAUCGCCGCCACCUCGCGGGCCUCAUCCUCUCGAUCUCUCUCGAUUCAGGAGCCCGCCGCGGCAUGGCGGACUCGGGCGCGUCGGGCCUGGAGGAGAGGUUGUCGGGGCUCUCCGCGGGCGGCGGGGAGGAGCAGCAGCCCGGUGGCGGGGAGGAGCAGCAGCUCUCGAAGAAUGCCAGGAAGAGGGAGGAGAAGAGGAAGAAGCAGGAGGAGGAGCGCCGGUUAAAGGAGGAAGAGAAGAAGAACAAGGCGGCGGCUGCUGCUGCUGCCAGUGGAAAGCCCCAGAAGGAAUCUGCUGCUGAUGAUGAGGACAUGGAUCCCACUCAAUAUUAUGAGAAUCGCCUCAAGACACUUGAUUCGCUCAAGGCUGCGGGUGUAAACCCCUAUCCUCAUAAGUUUUCAGCUAAUAUUUCCAUAGCUGAUUAUAUCGAGAAAUACAAGAGCUUGAAUGUUGGGGAGAAGCGUGUUGAUGUCACAGAGUGCCUAGCAGGGAGGAUUAUGACCAAGAGAGCACAAUCUUCCAAGCUGCUGUUCUAUGAUUUUUAUGGUGGUGGUGUUAAGAUUCAAAUUUUUGCUGAUGCCAGGACUUCGGAGUUGGAAGAAACAGAAUUCAUUAAGUAUCACUCUAGUUUGAAACGAGGUGAUAUUGUUGGUGUAUGUGGUUAUCCAGGAAAGAGCAAUAGAGGGGAGCUCAGUGUAUUCCCAAAGAAACUUGUUGUCCUCUCCCCAUGUCUACAUAUGAUGCCUCGCCAGAAGAGUGAGGGAAGCGCUGUUCCCACACCAUGGGCUCCAGGAAUGGGUAGGAACAUCGAAAAAUAUGUUUUGAGGGACCAGGAAACCAGAUAUCGUCAACGAUAUCUUGAUCUCAUGGUAAACCAUGAAGUGAGGCAUAUUUUCAAGACAAGGUCAAAAGUUGUCUCUUUUAUUCGGAAGUUUCUUGAUGAUCUUGACUUUUUGGAGGUGGAAACACCAAUGAUGAACAUGAUUGCAGGUGGAGCAGCUGCAAGGCCUUUUGUCACACAUCAUAAUGAAUUAAACAUGAAGCUUUAUAUGCGUAUUGCACCUGAACUCUAUCUGAAGGAAUUGGUUGUUGGGGGGCUGGACCGUGUUUAUGAAAUUGGGAAACAAUUCAGGAAUGAAGGAAUUGAUCUAACACACAAUCCUGAAUUUACUACAUGUGAAUUUUAUAUGGCAUAUGCAGAUUACAAUGACUUGAUGGAGCUUACUGAAGCCAUGUUAUCUGGCAUGGUUAAAGAGUUGACAGGUGGAUACAAGAUUAAAUAUCAUGCUAACGGAGUUGACAAUCCACCAAUAGAGAUUGAUUUCACGCCUCCCUUCAGAAAGAUAGACAUGAUUAAAGAAUUAGAGGCUAUGGCCAAACUCAAUAUACCAAAAGAUCUAUCAAGUGAUGAGGCAAACAAGUAUUUGAUAGAUGCAUGUGCCCAAUAUGAUGUCAAAUGCCCACCCCCCCAGACGACAACACGAUUGCUUGAUAAGCUAGUUGGCCAUUUCUUGGAGGAGACUUGUGUGAAUCCCACUUUUAUUAUCAAUCAUCCAGAGAUAAUGAGUCCAUUGGCAAAGUGGCAUAGGUCUCGACCUGGACUAACUGAGAGGUUUGAGCUCUUUGUUAACAAGCAUGAGGUGUGCAAUGCAUAUACAGAGUUAAAUGAUCCUGUUGUUCAGAGGCAACGGUUUGAGGAACAACUAAAGGAUCGUCAAUCUGGUGAUGACGAAGCUAUGGCAUUGGAUGAAACAUUCUGCACAGCCCUAGAGUAUGGCCUACCACCGACAGGUGGUUGGGGAUUGGGAAUUGAUCGCCUUACAAUGUUGCUGACUGAUUCUCAGAACAUCAAGGAAGUUCUUCUAUUCCCUGCUAUGAAGCCUCAAGAUUAGAUGUCCACAAAGCAAGAAACCGGCAGAAGGAUUAAAGCAGGCUGAACGCCGACUGACUGAAGGAUUUCAAUUGGCCCUCGAGAUGGAGUAUUGAAGGAAACUUAUAAUUUUGUUUUAUUUGUGCAUGUGAGGUUCCAUGUUCUAUUAUGAUUUAUUUUUUGAGAACAUUGAUGGUAUCUUGGUCAGUCAAGCAAAUGUUUUAUCUCGCUGAAAAGAUAUCAAGCAUAACUUGAAUGGAUGACUUCAGUUUGUGCAAUUCUUUGGCCUUAGUCCAAUUAUGAUGGCGCAUUAUAAAUGGUCUUGAAUUUUGAGUAAUGUGGAAAUGGAUGGAGCUUACAGGAAUAUACAAGCUUUCUUGGAGGCUACU